CACACACUUCCGCGCUGUUACGUAAACAGACAGCAGCUAACAGCAGCAGCUACACAUAAUCAGAAGAUCUAGUUGUAAAAAAACAAACCAAUCAGAACCCCUGCUCUUUGGGUUCUUCCUCUGCCGGUACCGAGCUCCCCUCAGCCCGCAGGACACCCGCAGCUGCCCGCUGAGAUGCCUGAAACUGAGAGUUACUCCAACCCUUUGGCCCCUGAGGGCCACGAUGUGGACGAGCACAGAGGAGGCGCUCAGUCCAAACUGACCAACGAUGACUUCAGGAAGCUGCUGAUGACGCCGCGGGCCACGCCCACCACAGCUCCGCCCACAAAGUCUCGACACCAUGAGAUGCCCAGAGACUACAACGAGGACGAGGAUCCUGCAGCCAGGAGGAGGAAGAAGAAGAGUUACUACGCCAAGCUGCGGCAGCAGGAGAUGGAGAGAGAGAGGGAGCUGGCUGAGAAGUACCGGGACCGGGCCCGCGAGAGACGAGACGGGGUCAACAAGGACUACGAGGAGACCGAGCUGAUCAGCACCACCGCCAACUACAGGGCUGUGGGUCCUACUGCUGAGGCCAUCUUCAGGGUGGUCUUCAGGUCGGGGGUCCAGGAGAGGAACGAGCUCUUCCUGCCCGGCAGGAUGGCCUACGUGGUGGACCUGGACGACGAGUUCACCGAUACCGACAUCCCCACGACCCUGAUCCGCAGCAAGGCUGACUGUCCCAGCAUGGAGGCUCAGACCACUCUGACUACCAACGACAUCGUGNACUGUGUCAGAUUCAGAAAGUGUGUCAGAGUUUCCUUCUGUUUGUAUUUCAGUAUCUUUGAUGACAUCGGGGACUACGUCCCGUCCAACACGUCCAGCUCCAAACCCAGCAGAGACAAAGAGCGGCACCGGGACCGGGAGCGGGACAGGGACAGGGACAGGGAGGAGGACAGUAAGAGCAGGAGACACACCUACUUUGAGAAACCUCGAGGUGAAGACCAGCUGGUGGACAUGGACACAGGUCCUGGAUCGGUCCGAGACCAGAUCAAGAUGAUCAAUGAGAAGUUUGGUGGACCAGCAGGCAGCCAAUGGCAGGGCCAGGA